AUGAAGUGUCUUUCUUUGUCAGUAAAUUUUCUUUUUGCGAAUACAGUUUUAUCUUUGCCUGUUUAUCCUCAUGAUGAAGAGAAUGAAAUCACUCAAAGUGAUUUAUACUAUGCACAGAAAUAUAUUAAGCAGUUCUUCACAUUAGAAGAUGGUUCUGAAAGCCUCAUUCAAAGUGAAGGCUCCCUUCCAAAAAAAAUUAAAGAGGUGCAGGAAUUCUAUGGACUGCUGGUAACAGGAAAACUGGAUCGUGCAACGAUUGAAUUAAUGACAGUGCCUCGAUGUGGAGUUCCUGAUCUUGCUUCAUAUAGCCUCUAUCCUGGGAAACCUCGAUGGAAUAAAGCAUUCGUCACAUAUAGUGUGGUGAACUACAUACCUCAACUAAGCUUCUUUGAAAUAGAAUAUGCUAUAUGGAGGGCUGUGAAUAUUUGGCAAAAAGUAAUCCCACUGAAUCUUGUCAGAGUCUUCAAUACUGAAGCUGAUAUCAUGAUUUCAUUCGAAACACGUGUUCAUGGUGACAAUUUUCCAUUUGAUGGUCGAGGAGGGACUUUGGCUCAUGCAUUUUCACCAGGAAAAGGGAUUGGCGGGGAUAUACACUUUGAUUGGGAAGAAAAUUGGACAUGGAGGCGCAAUGGUGCCAACUUAUUUCAUGUUGCAACACAUGAAUUUGGUCAUGCACUGGGUCUUGCUCAUUCCAGAUAUCGAUCUGCUGUGAUGUAUCCAACAUAUUACAAAAGACCUUCAAACAGAUUCUUUCUUUCUUUUGAUGAUAUUAGAGCAAUACAUGCUCUCUAUGGAACCAUACAAAUGUCUCACCAAGAAUCUGCACAGCUGCAGAUGCAAGAUACAUGUGAUCCUUCUAUAUCAUUUGAUGCUGUCACAAAGGCUUAUGGAAAUAUCUUUCUCUUCAAAAAUGGUUCCCUUUGGCAUAAAGAUCUACAUACUGCAGAUAUCAAGGUUAGCUCCAUCCAAGAUAUUUGGUUAGAUCUGCCAUCGAACAUCGAUGCAGCUUGUGAAAUUCCUGGAGAUGACAUUAUUUAUUUUUUCAAAGGAUCAAAGUUCUGGACCUACACACAUAACAAACUCAGUCACAAAUCAUCUCAGUCUAUUUACUUAUUUGGACUUCCGCCAUAUGUGAAACAAAUUGAUGCAGCACUAUUUAUACAACAAACAAAGAAAAUAUUUUUCUUUGUAGGAAAAAUCUAUAAUACAAGAAUAAAGGCCGUGGACCAAGGCUAUCCAAAAUGGAUAAGGAGCGGGUGGUCUGGAGUCAAUGACAAGAUUGAUGCUGCUCUUCAAAAUGAUGGAUUGGUUUACUUCUUCAGUGGGCCACAGAUCUAUGAGUAUGACUUCUGGAGGAAAGAAAUUGUGCACACUUUAAGUUCCAAUCAAUGGCUGGGAUGUCAGCAACCGAAUUAUGAUCCAUAA